AUGGAGUACUGCACCCGCCGCCUGUUUCAGCCCCGCGUCCCCCGUCCUGCCGACCCUACCCCAGAAUCCGAUGGCACAGCCAUCGAACUGAAUAAUCUUCCUCCCCUCCCAGUCUCUGGCUCAACGCCAGAUCUUCUUGAUAGUCCCGUUCCUGAUUCGGGUUCGCCAACCCUCGUCCCUAACCCUCCUCUCCCCCCUCGCCUGGUAAUCUCCGGCGCCAGUAAGCCGUUGAAGUAA